GCGGGCUCUGUCAGCCAGACCAGACCCUGGCUAGACCCGUCUCCUGACUGAUGAACUGGACUGACCUACUCACUUGUGCCUCUUUGCAUCGCAGGGUCGAACACCUUCUUGCUUCUUCCCCGUGCUUCACCUCGUGCUUGUGUCGGUCGUUCUUUCCCUGGCCGCCGUCCAGUCAACGACCAUUCCGCUCCUUCUUCUGCUUUGCUCCAACGUCGCUCUUUUCGCACAACUCGACGCUUCUCGAGGUCCGCUGGCCUCGAACGUCCCCCACGCUCUCUGCCGCCUUUCGCCCUCCGCAACAGGGUACACCACCAAGCUUUGACCUGGUCCCAUUCAAACCACCUUCAUUCUUUGAUUCAUUCGGCCGCAACUCGGCAUUCCGUGCACAGCUCAACAAGCCAUGGCUGGGUUCCUGAAAUGGAGCUCGAACACCCGAGCCACCGAGGACGACCAGUAUGCCAGCCUGCCGCUCAACGCCUCUGAUGGCGACGACACGCUCAGACACGUCCCUGUGGCCUCGGGCCCCGUUCCCAGAUGGCUUCAACCUUCGGCGAAGCAGGCUCGAGGAUGGUUUUACAAGCUCAUCCCCUUCUGCAUCGCUGCCCCGUUCGGCCUGACGGAGCGCAAGUUGCCCAAGGUCGCCUCGACGACCUAUCUCAAUGGCGUCCGCGGCCUUGCCUGCUGGGUUGUUCUCAACCACCAUCUCACUGGGGAAAUCGACCGUCCCUGGAUUUUCAGGCCGUAUGGUGUUGAGCCGCUGGCUGAAAACAACCACUUCGUGCAGCUGCCGCUCAUCCGUGCAGUGCACACGGGCAAGGGCAUGGUCUGCAUCUUCUUUGCUCUUUCGGGCUUCGUGCUCUCGUACUCGACUCUUCGCAAGGUCAACUCCAAGAGUGGCCUGGCCGUCUCUGACGAGCUCCUCACCAGCUUUUGCUCCUCCAUUCUCCGCCGUGGUAUCCGCCUGUUUGCGCCAAUGCUGGCCCUUGUUUUCAUCCAGGCCUUCGUCUGCCGCUACGUGCCUUUUGUCUCCGACUUUGAUGACAAGGCGCCGAACUUGUUCCAGCAUCUCCUCAACUUCUGGCACCAGGCGGUGCCCGUCAUGAACCCGUUCAACUGGCGCACGCCCGAGCAGCUGCCUAACCACUUCCAACAGUGCUGGACGCUUGGCUACGAGUACCGCCUGUCAUUGGCUGUGUUCCUCAUGCUCAUUGCGACCUGCAGACUCCGGACAGUUCCGCGCAAGGCCAUCCUGGUCGGAUUCAUGGCGUGGGCCAAUUAUGUCGACCAACGGUGGGACAUUAUCUGCUUCUUUGGCGGCAUGAUUGUCGCCGAGCUCAGGUUCGCUCCCUUGUCUGCCGACAUUGGCAGGUUGAUUGGACGUCCUGACUUCAAGCCCAACAAGUGGAUCUCAACCGUGGCCGGCGUUGUUGCUGUCUUGCUUGGGCUCAUGUUUUGCAGCUGGCCAGAGAACCAGCCCGGUGCUGUCUACCCGUACAAGGCGUUCUACUGGAUCACGCCCCAGAUUUUCCAGGACAGUCUCAAGAUUGCUCCUGGCGAGGGCUGGAUCUGGUACUGGGGUAGCAUUGGCGCGGUACUGAUGAUCUGGGGACUUGAGCAGCUGCCGCUCCUUCAGCGCUUCCUUGCCAUUGCCCCGAUUUCGUAUCUUGGAGAGAUCAGCUACUCCUUCUACCUCUUCCAGCGCAUGGCCCGAGUUGCCGUGGGCGAGCCGAUCCUCAAGUACGUCGUGAAGGAGUGGCAGUGGAGCCACGUCCCGGCCUUUGUCCUGUAUUACUUCAGUACGCUCAUCUGGACCAUCCUGGUGUCGGACUACUUCUGGAGAGCUGUUGAUCUCAACAGUGUGGUUCUGGCGCGCAAGGUGGUUGUUGACUGGCUGGGAGUUGGCAAGAAGGUUGAUAUCGCAGAGGCGGCGUACGCCCCUGUGCCUUCUCGUGAGGACAUGGCCUAUGGCGGUCUAGGUGAAGGUUAUGAUACGUCGCUGCCCAUGACGGAGCUAGAGCCCAAAGCGAGGGACUGAAAAGAGGACGAGAUUAUGACCUUUUGUUGCAUAGCAUCCAGCAUAGAACGAUAAUGAAUAAGGGGUGGUGGUUUGAUUAAGAACGCGCAGAGAGCCGCGCGGCCUCCACGUUUGGGGUGCCGCGAACAAUUUCCGCCCGUGACACGUCACGCCAAUUGAUGGAUCCUAACUCGGCUCCUGCAUUU